GACAUCGCGUUAUGAGUCAAAAAACCUUCCAAUCUCCAUUGUUAAAUAUAUCCCCACCUCCUAACCAUCAAUAAUCAUUCAACUCUAGAAUCACCACCCGUGAUCAGAAUUUUAUCAUCAGAAUUUCAUCACCAAGAGGCUCUAGCUGAUUUAAACCCCUCAUCUCUGCGACUCUCAACUGUUCUCUUUUUGGAAAUAAAAGACGAUAUGGCUGUAGGAAUGAAACGCAAGCGUACAGAUGAUGCCGUAGAUGCUCCUGCACCAGUACCACAGAAGAUAGUCAAAUCCCGACCAAAGCGCGCGGCUCUCAAGACAUCCCCCUCCGUCCCCGAGGACAUGGAAGCCCAACUCCAGCGCAUCGCGGCUUCAGAGCGCACGGCUUUCGAAAAGAAAGUGUGGAACCUCCUAUGUCAAAUCCCACGAGGCCAAGUCUCAACCUACGGGCUCCUCUCAGCCCAUCUCAGCUCGUCUCCGCGUGCAGUCGGGAACGCCCUGCGGCGUAACCCGUUCGCGCCGGAAGUCCCGUGCCAUCGUGUCGUGGCCACGAACAAGACCCUCGGCGGCUUCAAGGGCAAGUGGCCUAAGGACGGCGAGGGCAUCACCAUCGACGAGAAGCGGAAGCUGCUGCGUGGCGAGGGCGUCAAGAUUGAUGAGAAGGGGAGGGUUCUGGGGACUCCGUGGGCGGCUUUCGUUUAGUCUGAUCUCUGCGAGUUCGGAGAUUGGGGUCAGGGAAAAGUAUGUGUGAGUUGUUUGUUGGCGUGAGGGGUUUUUGGGUUUCUGUUGGUGCCUUGGAAGGCUUUGAAGUUUAUUAUAUUGGAUUAACAUUACGAGUUAAGAGAUGGGAUGGAUGGAUGGAUGGAUGUCGCUAUCAGCGGGGUAUGGGGGAGGUUACUGGUUGGUUUCUCACAUAAUUCGGUC